UCAUAUAGAAAGAAAACUGCGGCGGUUAUGUCUACAAAGUAUUCAUUUCCAGAUGGGGAACAAAAUAAAGUUCCCCGCAUCAUGACCUUUCGUCCCAGCUACAAUGAGUUCCAGCACUUUUCGACUUACAUAGAGUAUAUGGAGAGUCGCGGGGCCCAUCUCGCUGGCUUGGUUAAAAUUCAGCCCCCGCCAGAAUGGGUCCCCAGGAAGUCUGGGUACGACAUAGAGAACAUCAAUAUGACGAUUCCUCCACCGAUUUCUCAGGUGGUCCAGGGGGCACAAGGAGUGUACCAGCAAUUCAACGUGCAACAACGCAAGCAGAUGACACUGCGUCAGUUCAUGGAGAAGGCAAACUCCGAGCUACACAGCACACCGCGUCACAUCGACUACGACGACCUGGAGCGGAAAUAUUGGAAGAAUGUUACAUACGUAUCACCGCUGUAUGCAGCUGAUGUCCAGGGAACGCUCAGUGACGAGGAACUAGAUGUGUGGAACAUCGGGCGCCUAGACACCGUACUGAACCUGGUUAACACAGAUUAUAAUAUAACCAUAGACGGAGUUAAUACAGCGUACCUCUAUUUCGGAAUGUGGAAGAGUUCCUUUGCUUGGCACACCGAAGACAUGGAUCUUUAUUCCAUAAAUUAUCUUCAUUUUGGUGCUCCCAAAACAUGGUACGCCAUUCCACCGGCCUACGGAAGACGCUUGGAGAAGCUGGCCAAUGAGUUAUUCCCUGAAACCUAUCAGGAAUGCAAUGCGUACCUCCGUCACAAGAUGACCAUGAUAAGUCCCAAAGUUUUGCGCCAGCAUAAUAUACCCUACAACAAAAUUACCCAGGAGGCGGGUGAAAUUAUGAUAACCUUUCCGUUUGGCUACCAUUCUGGCUUCAACCACGGCUUCAAUGGUGCAGAGUCGACCAACUUUGCGUCCAAGCGCUGGAUAGAGUAUGGCAAGCGCGCUAGCAUAUGCAGGUGCCGCAGCGAUAUGGUUAAAAUCUCAAUGGAGACAUUUGUGCGCCACUUUCAGCCGGACCGCUAUGAUAACUGGUUGAAGGGAAAAGACUUUGGCUAUCACCCGGAGGAGCCAGGCAAGCUAUGUCCUGCAAAUCCGCCAACAAUCAAUGUGUACGACAAGAAGGAAAGUAUGGCUGUGUUCAAGUCAAAAGCUCCCACGUCGCAGAAACGAGGCUGCUCGAUGGCUACAAACGCAGAUGCAAAUGGUGCAGAUGAUGACGAUGAUAGGGCUAGCGUAACCAGCACCAGCAGCUUACGUCUGAAGCAGGCUGUCGUCAAGCUUCGCAAACUCCCACAAAGCGCUAUGGUAUCUGAACCUCCUGCCACACCAGAAAAGUAUGACUUCAACUCGAUUGUCGAGAAGGGCGUUAAGCGCUUGUGGGAGGAGCUGCCCAAUCCAAAUCCUGGAGUCAAUUUGCUAAAUAACGGUGUGGUGAAGAACACAAAACGAAUGCGCUUUCACACAAAGGUCCUCACACUCGAGGACGAGGACUGAAGAUUGACCAUAGCUCCCGCUGGAUCUCCUUGUUAAUAACACUGUGCAUAACUGAAACCUAUUUUAUAAACUGAUAGUAUUAACUGUAGUUUUAGUUAAGUGUCGCCAUCUUUAAGGAAGCUUGUGUAUAUACAUAUACAUAUGUUAUGUAGAAUAUAGUAUAACCUUCAAUUCAAAUGAAUUACUGGGCUGAGAAAAACGUGUGUAUCGAACUCUUGAGUACAUAUUUGGCACUUGUCGUCGGCCAAAGAAGUUUCAAGUUAUAAAUGUUUAAUUUGUGAUCUAAA